GAUAUUUUUCCUCAACGAUCACCGCCUUUAUAUCCUUUUCUGUAUCUGCAUUGAGAAGUGGCUUAAACCCUAGCCGCUCCUCAUUUGUUUCUCUCUCUCCUUAAACCCUCAAAAACUCUCUUUCCUCAGAUUUGUCAAUUUAUCUGCACAAAUGGCUUUCUACAACAAACUCGGUGGUCUUUUGAGGCAGAGCAUUUCUGGAAAUGCAGUAAGUGCAACAUCACCAAUGCCGUCAAUGCUUGAUGCCGUCCGGUGCAUGUCGACGAAGCUUUUCGUUGGUGGUCUUUCAUGGGGAACUGAUGAUCAGUCUCUGAGAGAUGCCUUUGCUACCUUUGGUGAUGUUGUUGAUGCAAGGGUAAUUGUUGACAGAGAUUCUGGCAGAUCAAGGGGAUUUGGAUUUGUGAACUUCUCAGAUGAUGAAUGUGCCAAUGAGGCUAUUAAGGCAAUGGAUGGUCAGGAACUCCAGGGAAGGAAUAUUCGUGUUAGUAUUGCCCAAGAGAGAGCUCCUCGAAGCGGAGGUUUUGGCGGUUCCGGUGGUGGAUUUGGUGGCGGCUAUGGUCAAGCUAGAGACAAUGAUGGAUACUAAGUCACUUUUAUUUUUGCUAAGCUGUCAGUGUGUGAAUGAUAACGUUUAUCUAAGUAGAGGACUUUUGGGGGAUAGCUUUGUUGAGUUUAUCUAUAUUAAGACUUCUUUUCGUGCAAGGUUUUAGUAUCAAUAAUUUUUCCUGAUUUAUUGCUAGUCUUAGUCUUCUCUGUGCUACUUAUUGUUUACUGUAUGUAAGCAUACACCGUCGUGUAUUGACGAAAGAAUAGAUGCAAUCUAUAUCUCUCUUAAGUGCUUUGAAAA